AUGGAUCGUGCCUCGGGCUCAAUUGCACAUCCACCAUAUUUCGAUGGCAACAACUAUGGCGCUUGGAAGGCCAAAAUGAAGUCGUUUCUUUGGUCCUUAGAUGAACGUGUAUGGAGCACAGUGGUUCAUGGAUUUCCUAAACCCACAAAGACGAUUGGAAAAGGAGAUGAAGAAACCACAGUCCUCAAAACUAGAGAGGAGUGGACCACUGCAGAAGUCACACACAGCACUAAUAAUCAAAAGGGGUUAAAUGCUUUAUUUACUGCUGUCUCUUCCAAUCAAUUUGAAUAUAUAUCUGCUUGUGAUACUUCUAAGGAAGCUUGGGAUAUUUUGCAGGUUACUCAUGAAGGAACAGAUAUUGUCAAGGGAGCCAAGCUUCAAAUGCACACUUUACAGUUUGAGACACUUAUGAUGGAUGAGAAUGAAACUUUUUCUGAAUUUUAUGCUAAACUUUGUGUAAUUGUGAAUGCUUGUUCAGGUUUAGGUGAAAAAUUUCCAGAAGAUAGAGUUGUGAAAAAGAUUUUGAGAUCCUUGCCUCAACGGUUUCAACCAAAGAUCACGGCUAUUGAAGAGAUCCGUGACUUGAACACCUUGAAAGUUCAAGAACUCAUAGGGUCCAUACAAACCUAUGAGAUGAAACAUCUACCUCCUAAAAAGAGCAAAAAUGUUGCGUUCAAGGUUGUGAAUGAAGAAGAUGAUGGACAUUCAAAUGAAGAUUGCAGUGAUGAGGAAUUAACGAUUCUCACAAGACGAUUCAUAAAUUUUCUCAAGAAUCAGGAUCCAAGGAGUCGAGAUUCAAAAGGUAUAAAUUCUAAAAAUAGGUUUGUUAACUAUACUGAUGGUGGAUCUAAAUUUCGCAGGUUAAAUGAACGAAAGAAUCCAAGAGAAAAGGUCAAAUGUUUCGAAUGUGAAGGCUAUGGACACAUAUCUUCGGAAUGUGCCAACACCUUAAAGAAACAAAAGGAUGGCAAUAAUAAGGUAAUGCAUACUACUUGGAGUGAUAGUGAAUCGGAAUGCGAGAAUGAUGAAAAGACGGUUGCACUUAUAACCACAGUUAGCUUGGAUGAAUCACGUGAGGAUGAUGAUUGUAAAGGAUUGCAAACGAGUUUCAAUCCCCUGAUGCACUCUCUUCAUCCGGACAUCGCCAGCAGUGUCCUUUAUGCUAAAACAGCGGCGGCUGCUUGGACAGAUCUUCGAGACCGUUUUUCACAGAGCAAUGACGCCAGAAUUUAUCAGAUUCGACAAGAAAUUGUCGAGUGCAGACAAGGAACGCAAACUAUCUCCAUCUAUUACACAAAGUUGAAAGCUCUUUGGGAUGAGUGGCUUCAUACCAAGAGCCCUUUAUCUGUGACUGUGAAGGACUAA